AUGGCCCCCCGCCCAAGCCGUGUCUAUACACCAGUAAAGCCACCAUGUGUAACGCCCCUCGCCAUCAGGGUCCCAAAUGAUUCAUCGGUGGAUCUGCGCAUCCUGCCGCAGCGUGUCGGGAGGCUUGGUCCCACGUGGGCAUUAACAGCGAAUGAUAUAUAUCGUAUGCUGCGUAUAUAUGAGAUGAGUGCGGGUGUCCAAAUGGUGCUGUAUGCAUCCUUGGAGGGAGCUGAAGCUGCACCUGGACCAUCGUAUCAGCAAGAGCUAGCGAGGCUUUCCUCUACAGGGAAUGGGUCAAGCAACACCCGAGGACCGAGUGUAACAAUAGGAGGCACCGUGCUAACAGUGGUUCCCACAGUCAUUGAGCAACAGAAUUCCUACCCUAGUUUCUGA